UCAUCCUUGUCCGCAAGCAGCGGAAGCACAUGUGUCCAUCGGCCGAUGGGAUCUCGAAUCUGUGCGCUAGGAGCAUGAUUACAUCAAUAAAACAGCCACACCAAUACAUUUGAAUACAAAUAACAUUGAAACAAACAAAUAAAUAAACACGUGCACAAAGAAUUGAACGAACGAUAAGCGCCGGGCGUACACAUCGUCGAAUCAAAAGGUUGAAUGAAUGACGUUUACCUGAGCUCCAGCUCCAGCUCCAGCUCAAGCAGAGACACCAACCGUUACCACUUCGACUGAACAGACGACCGACAACAAAACUCCACUACUUCUCCCGCCCGCCCGUCGCCACCACACCACCAGAACUAUCCGCGUUGAUCUGUCCGCUACCUACUCGCGGUCCGCCAUGUGGCGAGAUCGCACCAACCUCUACAUCUCCUACCGCCAGUCGUAUGCACACCACCCGGCCAAGCGCACGCGGUAUGGCGACUCCUCAGCAACCUCGUCAUCCCUGGCCGGCGCCGACCGCUUCGGCGGCUCCGGAAACAGCCUCCUCUUCUCGGCCGACGAGGACCGGCGCGGUCUGUUGUCAUCGGGCGCCUCGGAUGAUGGCGACGCCGUGAUCGAGAUGGACCUCCUCCCUCCGCGCUGGGCCGAGGUCAACGACGACGUCACGGAACUCCUCGCCGAAAUUGCGCAAAAGAGCCAGAAGCUCGACAGGUUGCACCAGAAGCACGUCCUCCCUGGCUUCAAUGACGAGGAGGCCAAGCGGGCCGAGGAGAGCGAGAUCGAGGACCUGACACAGCAGAUCACCAAGGGGUUUCACCAAUGCCACAAGUGCAUACAAAAAGUUGAGCAUAUGGUCAAGGAUUCGAAACGUACCGGUGGCAUAAGCAGGGCCGAGGAGGUCAUGGCCAAGAACAUCCAGGUCUCGCUCGCCACGAGGGUUCAGGAGGCUAGUGCUGGCUUCAGGAAGAAGCAGAGCGCAUACUUGAAGAAGCUAAAAGGUAUGGGGGGUGGUGGUGGCCUCAGCCCCGGCGGCGACAGGUCAUCUACCCCAAACCCCGCCAACAACUUUACCGAACCGUCAAUCCUCGAGUCCGACGCAGACAGGUCCUUCUCACAAUCUACGCUUCAAGCCACACAACAUCAAAAACUAUUACAGUCCAACGAUGCGGCGAUUUUGCAGCGCGAGCGGGAGAUUGACCAGAUAGCACAGGGCAUCAUAGAUCUGGCCGAUCUGUUCCGCGACCUGCAAACAAUGGUCAUAGAUCAAGGAACCAUGCUGGACAGGAUAGACUACAACGUCGAGAGGAUGGCCACGGAUGUCAAGGAGGCCGACAAGGAGCUGGUCAUCGCCUCGGGCUACCAAAAGAAGACGACCAAACGCAAGAUCAUCCUCCUCUUGAUACUCAUAAUCGCGGGCAUGAUCAUUCUGCUCAUCAUCAAGCCCAAAAAAGACUCGGGCGAUGGUGGGUGACCGGCUAAUGGCAUAAUCUUUUCCUUUGUUUUCUGUUUUUACGAGCACAAGGCGUUCAGGGCCAUGUAAGAUACUGUUUGUUCUAGACUCCGGGCAGCGCAGCAAUGGCAGAUUCUGAUCGCAAAGACGAAUUAACCCCAUUGGAAGACUACAGAAUGUAGUUCUUGUCGCGGGGGACGACCCUAUCUGUCCAAUCGAGGGCAUGUUUUGUUCUGGGGAAAUUGCUAUGAUGAUAGAUGUUUAUUUGACACCGGCUCGACAAGUCUAAACCGACUGACCAGGUAUUCUACAUGAAAAAAUUAAUAUGUACAGAGAUUAUACACAUGUUAUAUACAUCUAAGUAGUACAAAUAUAACAAUAAACUUGAAACACACA